UGGUACAAGCGCAGCCAACUUCAAGCAAGCGCAAAUAUUCUAGUGCGCGUAAAAUUCCAAACGAUAUUUAAAAUCGUAAAAAAUGGAAGAGAACGGCAUGCUUAGUUAUGUUAAGGAAGUUAUACACGCAUUAGUGAACUCGACCCCACAGCGUAUGACUGUGGAGGGGUUGAAACGCGACUAUUUAGGCGCCGAAGGCUCUGCUGUGCCUUAUAAUAAGUUUGGCUUUAAGACUGUUGAAAGCUUUUUGCAUUCCAUUUCAGACACUGUAGAGGUAAUAGGAUGUGGUCCCAUGGCAGAAGUGGUGGCAAAACAGCGCGCAAAGUCGGCACAUAUUCAAAAGCUGGUAAAAAGCCAAAAGAAGCCAAGUGCCAACGCUCGGAGCCGAAAGAGGCAAAAGUCGAGAUUCGUUUAUCCCUCAGAACGAUCUGAUCUCGUAUUUAUUAAUGAGCAUCACAAUUCAAGCAGACGAUUCAAUAAUAACGACAACAAUUAUAGCUAUGCUAAUCGAAAGCCUCAGCAGUAUUCUGGAAAUCGCUUACCAUCCAGAAAUAACUAUUAUGGCCAAUACUCUAGGCAGGAAUACCGACCAACUGCCUACUCCCAGCAGCGUAUGAUAGAGACGACAAAUUCCAAUUCAGUGGAAACUUCGAUCGCUAAUCUUAAAAUUGCCAAUGUCGAUGAAGAUUCAUCUUCAUCCUCGGACGGUUUCAAAAUCUACCUGCCCGAUAGAGCUACUCUGAGCAAACCAAUUGAAAUCAAGUCAAAUUCACCAAUUCACUUGGAUAAUAACGCAAAUCCCACAUCAAAGAAAUCAACUGUGGAUUCACCCAUAGAUUAUGUGUCUUCUGAAGAUAGCUGUGAUGAGCAAGCCUUUCCCACCUAUGCUGUGGAAGAACGAGUCGACUUGGUCACUAAAAAGCCUCCAAUAGUACCGCAAGCUAAAAACCCCAUGAUGGAACCUCUUAAUGGUUAUCUGUCCUCAGAUGCUGGCAGCGAUUCGGAAGCCAUACCAGCAUACGCUGUGGACCAUCGUGUUAUAGGUAUGGCUUAUCCCAAGGAUGCUGUGCGCUUUGAUCAAGUUUUGCCCGACAAUAAGAUUCACAAGAAGAUGAAGCUUGAUAGUCGCCUCGCUGUACAACUUGUGACGGUAGCAAGUCCUCAUAGUUUCUACUUUUGGACUCUCGACGAUGACUUUGUUGAAUACAAGGCCAUGUCAUCCAACAUGCAGAGCUAUUACGACAACAUUGACCAUAAAAAAUACACUAUUCCAAUGGUCCUCAUAAUGUCCGGACAUUUGGCUGCCUGUACGAACAUGAACAUGAAUUGGCAGCGAGUCCGAGUCUUGGACAUUAAAACGGGCAGCGCAAAGAAUAUUGAGGUGGAGUACGUAGACACGGGCGAGAGAAUGUGGGUGUGCCACGGUGACCUGAAGUAUCUGUCCACGGAGUUUGCCAAAUUGCCGGCCCAAUGCUGGUCCGGCCGACUGUCGUGCAUAAUGCCUAUGCAGGGCACACACUUUUCACUGGACGCCAGCAAUUAUUUUUACAAGCUCGUCUCGCAUCGCCGACUUUAUGCUAAAAUUGAGAAAAUCAACGAUACGAACAACACUGUACACAUGAUACUCGUUGAUCCCAAUGCCGUAACCUACUCAAAGAACAUUAAUAUAGAACUCGUCGAGUCUGGAUUGGUUCGUCGCAGUUAUAGCCCUUAGAAUCGGGUCAUAAAUAUAUCAGCUAAUUGGCUGCUAACUGAAUAACAUUUGGAAUUGUCUGUUAUUUUUUGUUAUGGUUUCAUUAAUUAAUUGGCUAUGCUAUUGAGUUAUUAUUAUGGAUGGCCAAGAUUAUUGUUUGUUUUGAUUUCAUUAAUUAAUUUUGUUACUAUAUAAGACAAUUGUGCUGUAAGCUUAAAUGAAACAAUUUAUAUUGUGUUAUGUUAAGGCAAACGCUGUCCUUCUGCAUUUCUUUUAUUAGUUUACGUAUAAUAAAAUACUAAGUUACAUAAUUCUUUAAACAA